GAAUGGUGUAUAUGAAAGGAGGAAUCGCACAAUCAUGAAUAUGGUGCGAAGUUUGAUGUCCAAGAACGACUUGCUUAAGGAGUCUUGGCCAAAAGUUGUUAAUUGGAGUGUUCAUAUCUUGAACAGAAGUCCCACAUCUCCACUUCCAAAUAUGACGCCAAGAGAGGCUUGGACUAGACACAGACCUGCUGUUGACUACUUUAGAAGUUUUGGGUGCAUAGCAUCUGCACAUGUGCCAAAUCAGAAAAGGAGUAAGCUUGAUGACAAAGGGGAAAAGUGUAUUUUCCUUGGUGUUAGUGAUCAAUCCAAAGCUUAUAGAUUAUACAAUCCUUUAACCAAGAAGAUUUCUGUAGAUUUCAAAAAUGGAGAAGAUCUGACUAUGCAAAACUUAGAAGGUCAAACACAACAGACUAAAGGUUUAACUUCAGCAGAUCUCGAAGUUUCAAGACAGACAACUAAAGAAAGUAUGCCUGCAAAAGUAGAGCUCAAUACUGGAGAAAGUCUAUCGACAACUCAAGAACUGGAAUCUAGAACUAGUUCACAACCUCAAUGUAAAAAGAGAAGACCAGCAUGGUUGGAGGAUUAUGAAGUAACGAAUCUACCUCAAGAUGAUGUUCCAGUCAUUCACUUUGCUUUAUUUGCCAAUUGUGAUCCAUUGACAUAUGAAGAGGCCAUUAAAGAAGAAAAGUGGCAAAAAGCCAUGGAAGAAGAAAUUGGUUACAAGCAAGAGUUUGGCAUUGAUUAUCAAGAAGUUUUUGCUCCAGUUGCAAGGAUGGAUACCAUCAGAUUGGUGAUUGCAUUGGCAGCACAGAACUCAUGGCCGAUCUACCAGCUUGAUGCGAAAUCGGCCUUCUUGCAUAGAGAUCUGCAAGAACAGGAAGUUUCGAACAAAUUUCAAAUGAAGAACUGCAAUUCUGUCACUACACCAGUUGACAAAGGUGUAAAGCUCGUGAAAGAUCCAAGAGGCAGAUCUAUGAACAGUAAACUGUACAAGCAGAUUGUUGGAAGUUUGAUGUAUAUGGCAGUAACAAGACUAGACAUAAUGCACGGUCGGCUCCUUGCCUAUCAUUGGUCACUUCCACCUCCUCGCAAGGCCAUAACCAGCCCACAUAACUCUUGCAACAUGGUCGACAAAUACGGACCAAUCUUCACCAUUAAGUUGGGUGCCUAUAAGGCUUUAAUAGUGAGUGAUCAGCAGAUUGCCAAAGAGUGCCUCACUACUAAUGAUAAAGCCUUUGCUAAUCGUCCAAAGAUUGUUGCCACAGAAGUCAUAGCCUACAACAAUGCCAUGUUUGGCUUCGCCCCUUAUGGACCUUUCUAGAUUCAAAUGCGCAAGAGUGUAGCUAUUGAUCUCCUCUCAAGUUAUAGGCUUGAGACGCUCAAACAUGUACGAGAAUCUGCAGUAAGGGAAUCUCUAUGGAAGUUACAUCAUCAAUGGAACGAGAACAAAAGUGAAUCCAAUCAAGUAUUAGUGGAAAUGAGAAAAUGGUUUGUAGAUACAACCCUCUAUUGGAGAAAUAAACUUGAUUUAUUAAU